AUGAUUCCGGAUAGCGCGGGUUUAUAUCGAGCUAUUCUGGUGAUUAAUAACAUAUCACGUGCAUGCCGGACAUGGAUAUAUAUGUAUAGCUCUUCAAGCUCUGGAGAAAUCAGGGAUGACAGCGAUGGUGAAGCUGAGGAUGCUGCUCGUGUAGCUCAUCCGGAAGCUACAAAGAAUGGUUUUAUUGAAUAUCGUAGAAAAGAACUUGAAAGUGAUUUUCACGCUGGUCGAGAACGUGAUGCUCCACAACGCUUUGAUCCAGAUAAUGAUUAUCGGCAUCCACAUUUAUCACCUGAACAAAUUUGUCUCCGCGUGCGAAAAAUCCCAGCACCAGAUGUGCUGGUAGAACUAAGUGAUGUAGGUCUGCGACAUUUGUUAUGUGAUGUGCACGAACUGGAUCGAGAACAAAUUCGACUUUUCAACAAUCGUCGAAAAUUACUAGAGCAGAUGCGCCAAAUGCAUAAGCAAGAAAUAGGAUCGUUGCGGGAAUGUAUGGAAACGUUAAAAAUAUUGAUGAGUGAACGUGGAAUGAAUUUACUGGCCACACAUAUCGGACAAGAUGUCAUGGAGUUUCUGCAUGAGAAAGAUCAAACUUUCAAUGCAGGAAAUGUACCGUUGUCGACGAAAAUACAGACUCCAUCAUCGGAACCAUGCCAUGGUUCUUACGGUGUUUUUCCGAAGACUCAAAGCUUUGCACAGAAUUCGUUACCACCCCGACCACAUUUCGUUUCAGAACGUUCCGGUGCUUUCAGUUAUCCGCCAGCAGCAUCGACAGUUCCCACACCAUUCAUUUUACCACCUCCAGAUUUUUCAGUCCCUCCACCAUUUCCUCCACACACAUUGAAAG